AACCGCUGCUUUACAAACACACCCGACCGCUGUGGCUCUUGAACGCCUCCUUACGGACGUUACAUGGCGACGGGAGGGAACCGCCCAGCAGUAACUUUAAGAGGUCGGAGCGCUCAACACAUCGUCUGACUGAGGUCUGUGUCUCAGAGUCUGAGGAUGAAGAUCGCCGUGCUGGGAGCCACUGGGCAGACGGGUCAGUAUCUGGUCAACCAGGCGCUGCAGCAGGGUCACACGGUCACCGCCGUCGUCAGGAACCCGGCCAAACUCACCAUACAUCAUGAUAAUCUCAAGGUGGUGGAAGCUGAUAUUUUCUCAGAAGACAGUCUGAGGACGCAUUUCAAAGGACAGGAUGUGAUCAUGUCGUGCCUCGGCUUCCCGGCCUCCAUCUUCUCGGCGGUGACGGGCUACACUCUGUCCAUGAAGGCUGUGAUCGGCGCCAUGCGGGAGGCCCGGGUCAACAGGGUCAUCACCAUGACCUCCUGGUACACUCAGCCCGACUCCGGAACGCACUCACCGUACCUCAUCCGCUUCCUCCUGCUGCCGAUGAUCCGGAGCGUCCUCACCAACAUGUAUGAGAUGGAGCAGUUUCUGCAGAAGACUGAGGACAUCACCUGGACUGUGGUCCGCCCACCUGGCCUCAAGAACCUGCCGGCCUCAGCUCAAGAGUUUCUGACCGACGAGGGAUACUUUGUGCCCCACGACAGCGGUCAGCCUGCAGGCGGCGCGGUGGGAAGAGGCGACGUGGCUCGCUUCAUGCUCUCCCUAGUCAGCAGCAACGCCUGGGUCAAGAGGGGAGUCGCCAUCACGACCAAAUGAGGAAAAGGUGCCAUCGAUAAAGGGUCGGUUGAGCUCAAGCACCAAAAACCCCCUUUGCUCACAAUUCGCGAUCAGAAUCUGUUCGUGAACAGAGAAAAAUUGAUGUUUCUUGAUGUUCAAAACAUUGACACAACUGAUUAUUUUCUCAAUUAAUCUAUUAAUAUUUUUUUUUUUUGUUUGUUUUUUUAUUUGGAUGUACUGGCCUUUUAAAUAAAUCUGUCUGCUUCAACAGUCUCCUAUUAGA